CCUCGCUAGGUCCGCCCUUGGCUAAGAAGUUCAGGUAUAUGACUUUAUUUUGUUGAUUUUUUUUCGAAAAUUUGAAUAGCGGUCGUUAAAAUAUAGCUACAACUGUAGAAUGUGUCUACUGAAGAAGGAUGAAAUAAUCUUUUCCACAGGGGCUAAACCUGUUUUGGGCCCGAACCCUGUGAUACCAUAAAUAUAUAUUUAUGAUAUCACAGAAUUCGGGCCCAAAUUUGGCUUAAACCAUGUGAUCUUUUCGUAACAGGGCGAAGUCCCUCCGCGGGACUCUCAAUAUUACAUGUAUAAAUCCGUAAUACACAAUCAAUGCUCCUGCCAAAUUUCUAUAAUUCCAAUCACCUAUACAUGUAUAAAGUCACGAUAUAGAUGCUCGUUAUUGGUUAGAACGUGCGAGCACCUUUCCUAAAAAUCCAAUGAAAAGCAAAUUGAUACACUCUUGUUUGUUUUCUGCCGAUUUUCCUAAAUUACUCGAAAUCAGUCUACAGUAUAUUUCAUUAUUUUUGACAGUCGGUGAUGUGUCAGGAAAACCUGUCUAUAAUGAAUGGAUUAUUCCGGAUAUUUCAAGUUUUUAAUUCAAAUACCUGUAUAGGUAUGUUUAGUCAUACAGUUCAAUAGAACCGGUUUUGAAACGAUGUAAAAUCAGUUUCGGACGACACUAAGAGAAGUUAACACCUUUGGAUUUAUAAAUAGUACAUAUUGCUAUAAGUUAACGUGUCAACUGCUGAUCUAUAGUCCAUACUUUGGAGUCUAGCAGGGGUUUGUUAUUUUUUUCUUUAGAUUACUUUCUACUAAACUGCAUUUUUUAUCUAAAUAAGGAAAAUUCGGAAGUUUUCAAUCAUUUUACAUAUCCUCCACUUUCCACCCAUGACAGCUUUUAUUCAUCCUUGACAGGAGUGUUAAUUAGGACUCCAGAGAUGCGUAGUACAAUUAAGCAUAUUUUGAGUUUGGAACCAUAUUUAUUAAUUCAAAGAAAUUAAACAUAGAAAUAACUUGACAAAAUUCAGAGUUACCUCCCAUAAACUGAUGAUUGAAAAGAGCAGUUUGCAGAUAUCACGUGAUUUCCACGUGAAGAGAGACUGCUCGUAUUGUGGUUUGAUCCAUCAUAUCAGCAACUUGUCUUCUUUUCAAAAACAUCAAUUACUACAAGUGUAUGUUAGAUUUUUUUUUUAUGGUUGAUGAACUGUGGAGAUGUUGAUGUUUUGAGCGAUCUUAGUAACUUUAUAAACACUGACCCCUGGAUAUACCAGAGGUGGGAUCAGGUGCCUAGGAGGAGUAAACAUCCCCUGUCGACUGACCUUAGAAACAUUAUAAACACGAACCCCUGGGUAUACCAGAGGUGGGAUCAGGUGCCUAGGAGGAGUAAACAUCCCCUGUACAAACACGGACCCCUGGACACACCAGAGGUGGUAUCAGGUGCCUAGGAGGAGUAAACAUCCCCUGUCGACUGACCUUAGUAACUUUAUAAACACGGAUCCCUGGAUAUACCAGAGGUGGGAUCAGGUGCCUAGGAGGAGUAAACAUCCCCUGUCGACUGACCUUAGUAACUUUAUAAACACGGACCCCUGGAUAUAUCUGAGGUGGGAUCAGGUGCCUAGGAGGAGUAAACAUCCCCUGUCGACCGGUCACACCCGCUGUGAACCCUAAUAAGAAGUACAGUUUGAUAAUUUAUGUAAUGAAAUUAGUGCUGUUGUACAUGAAUUAUGUACCGUGUGUGUUAUGUUGUAUAUUCUGCAUUGGAUAAAAAUCAACAAUCCAUAGUCCUAUAGCUACUGUUUCAUGCUGCCCUUCGCAUUUUACUAUAAUCCACACUUACAGAAUGCAUAUAAUACAUGCUUAUUAGGCAAAUACUGAUUAGAACUUGCUGAUUUACAUGCGUUUACGCUGCAUAAUAUAAGAAUACUUUUCGUCAAUUGCACUGUGUAGGUGCUUGUACAUGCUGCUUAGGGUAGCUCUAAGUGAAUAACUGUCUGUUGCUAUCCUCUGCAUCAGUUUAUUCAUAAAUACAAUUUUAUUCAGUCUUUGGCUUUCAAUUGACUUGCAGGUAAAGCUGAACGGUACAUAAAUUAAAAAAUAAAAAUACAACAUAUAUAUAAUCUCAUUGAAUCAAAGUGGAUCUAAAGCAAUAAACCCGUUGAAUCAUUAUCUUCCAGACAGUAAUUUUCCUGUUCUUAAUCUUCGAUGUACAUUGACCUCGGAGAUCACCAGUUCAGAAUAGUGCGGAAGAGUGUCAGAUUGAUUUAUUCAGGAAGUUCGACAUUUAGUUGACCAUGGCUUCUCCGGGCCUUUUCGAUGCCUUCCGGUCCAAUGGCGCCCCGACCUACUACGAGUCCUUCAAGACUCCGUUUAUGGCAGAUAUCUUGGAAUCCGGACUCAUCUACGCUUUUGUCAUUUUAGGCUUUUCUUUCUUCGUUAUUCUUCCCGGUAUCCGUGGGAAAGAGAGAAUCUUCGCAUUCAUUCGCAUAACUGUGACGCUCUACAUCGGCGGAGUCAUAAUGUUGUGCAACUAUGGUUUCUGGGAGACGGCAGAAUCCACGGAUGUACGGACCAAAUACAAGGCGGGAUCGGCAGGGGAGAUAACCGCCGACAUCGAGGUGUUAAUGAGUCUCCGAGGCAUCAACGUCACACUGAAAGCUGAAGGAGAAAAUCGGGGACCUUUCAAUGAAACCAUCAACUACAACGAAAACUUUGACUGGAGAUGGGAACAGGGGAGACUGGGAUUUGGAAUAUUUGCUGGACGUUUCAACCAAGAGUUUCGAGCCGCCCAGUUUCGAGGUACUCCCCUACCCAUUAUCUGGAUAGCCGAAUACUUCACGUUUGACGGGGAGGGGAUCAGAUGGGGGCGUCAUUACAGACAGGCAGGGUGGUACGCCCACAUCAUGAUGUGGCUCGCGCUUCCUCUGUGGAUCCUGACAAUCAUUCUGUUCUUUAUACUGCUAAAGUAUGGAGCAUACCUAUUGAUGUUGACCGGAGGUACUAUGGUGGGAGCUAAUAUUGCUUGGGCCAGCAUUAGAAACGUGAACGAGCUUAUCAUUCCAUUCAGCGCCGAACACAAAUUGGAGUUCCAUUUCGGACCGUGUUUUUAUGUUAAUUUGUUCACAGGGAUAAUGUGCAUAGUUUUGGGUGCCGUGAUCUGGAUCCUAGAUCUUCGAUAUCCAGAAGCGAUUACAUCUUUCUUUGGUGUAGAUCCUUUACAAGCUGAGACGUUCGUGGAAGGAGAAUCAUUCGCACUAAGUAACGAGAAGAAGGGUGAUGACGUCGAACUGAGAAGAAUGGAGAACGGAGAAGCGCACGGAGACGGUUCGUCUUACCCUAUGCAAAUGGAAGAUGACGAUGAUGACGAUGAAAUUUACGAACCUCCGGUGUUCCAGCCACAGCCACCUAAAGAACCUCAUUUUGAAAAGCGUAGAUCACGUGGUCUGACACAACGUCUGCAGAAACCGAGACGACGAGCACCUCCUCCAAUUCCAGACGAGUCUAAUGAAAUGGACGAUCUCUACGAUAACACUCGAAACGAUGAGGUGCAACUUGGCAGGGGAUACCGCACAUAGACACGGAAGCGGAGGUUUUCGGCAAAGAGUUGGGCAAACUUUCGCCUGGCCGAAAAUUCUUCAUAUUAAACAUUUGUCCAUAUAAUUCAUUUGACUUAAGAUAUUUUGAAUAAGAUAUACAUUGUACUAUACUGAAAGAAACGAACACUCUAAAUGGUUAUCAGGAUUGUCUUCCAUCUACUGUAGUUUACAGUAUUUCUUUAUGUUCGCCAACUACUCAAUAAGGAUUAGGCGGAAGGUGGAAUCUAUACGUAGGAUACGAUAUGUACACGUAGUGUGAUAUAAAUCACAAGAAAAACUGAAAUAAUGGUGUAAUAAUUCUACAAUCGGUAAAAUAUCGGAUCAUUUUUUAAAAGUGAUUUUUUGUCAACAUACAGUGUGGCUAUUUCUAUGACAAGAGUACAAUUCUGAUGUGAUUUUUCUCACCUCGUUAUAUAAACAUGUAUUUAUCUAUUGUGUAGUUUGUAUCUAUCUAUCAUGGUUUGUAUAUCUUGUAAAUGUUGACUUUUAUUAUAAAAAACUCAUAGCUUUA